UUUGUUCUGCCUGACCUCAUUCAAGUGAUGACAAGAUCAACAGCUAUUCCCAACUUCAGUACAUGUCCAUCUAAAAAAAGAAAAAUAUCUUCUCACCACAAUUCAGUGUCCUUGGAAUUGUAUUGUCAACAGCUACAGAGAGAAGGAUCUGCUAUCAGGAUAUCCUGUCAUUUAGUUAGGAAGAGUUUAUUCAGCUUUGCAAUGAAAACUUUCAGCAAAAGCCAUAUAUUUUGGUAAUUUUCCUAUCUAAGGGCAGGUUUCACGUGCUUUGUGGUUUAGCUCAUUGCUUUCUUCAGGAAAAGGAGGGAAGUCACUUCAGUCUUUUCCUUGUAAUGUAGUAAAGAAAUAAAGCUACCAAAUCACUGAUGAUUUUCAGCCAUAGCAUUGUUACCCAUGACUGAAGAGUCCUGAAGGCAAAAAAGCAACAGUUUUUCAUAAUGGAAAAACAGUUGGUUGUUUUAUUUCUGGUGUCUUCUUUGAUUACAAAUAGCUUCUCUUCACCACCAAAACCCACAGAUCAGGUGAAGAAUAAGUGCGAUCAGAAGAUGCUCAUUACAACCAAAACCAAAUGCCGAUCUUGUUCUCUAAACCUUGAAAUCCAGUGCCCUGAUGGCUACAGUAAAGUUACCAAUGGAUCUGGACUACGAGACUGCAGGUAUUACCUUGAAAUCAGGACUUUCACUUUGUCUCUUCCUGGAUGUCGGCAUUUAUGCAUGAAGGAAUUUCAACAACCCGAGUGCUGCCAUGGAUAUUGGGGCCCAGAUUGUAUGGAAUGUCCAGGAGGAGCUGUAUCACCAUGCAAUAACAGAGGCCGCUGUUUUCAGGGUAUUAAUGGGGAUGGCAAAUGCAUUUGCCGACCAGGGUUUGGUGGGACAGCCUGUGAAACUUGUUUCGAAGAUAAUGUAUUUGGACCCAACUGCAGUUCAGUUUGCACCUGUGCUCAUGGAGUGUGCAACAGUGGAAUUACAGGGGAUGGAGGAUGCACAUGUUUGUCUGGCUACAAAGGCCUGAACUGUGAUCAGCCAAUACCUGAGUGUGAGGCUUUGCAGUGCCCUGAAAACUCCAGAUGCUCUAUUUCUAGUGAAGAUGAAACCAAGUUGGAGUGUACAUGUCUUCCAAAUUACUACAGAGAUGGCAAACAAUGCGAACCUAUCAACCCCUGCUCAAAAACAGUCUGUGAUCCAAAUGCUUAUUGCACCUACCUUGGACCUAAUCGUCAUAAAUGUGUUUGCCAAGAAGGUUACAAAGGGGAUGGCCAAGUUUGCUUACCAAUAGACCCUUGCCAAGGGAUAUCUGGAAAUUGCCCUACAGAAUCUACCAUUUGCAAAUAUGAUGGUCCCGGAAAGUCCCACUGUGAAUGCAAAGAACAUUACAGAAACUUAGUACCUGGGAAAGGAUGCAGUAUGACAAAUAUCUGUGAGACUAACAACACCUGCCAUAAAAAUGCUAAAUGCACUAUGGAUGCACCAGGACAAAUUGCGUGUACCUGCCAGAAAGGCUAUGUAGGUGAUGGGUUUGUAUGCUAUGGAAAUAUAAUGGAACGCAUCCGAGACCUGAACACUGAACCAGGAGGACAGUGGCAAGGAAAACUGACAUCUGCCAUAACCCUCAUUGAAAACGUCUACGAAUGGCCUCUGAGUAGUCUGGGACCAUUUACUAUUUUGCUGCCAACAAACAAAGGAUUCAAAGGAAUUAAUAUAAAGGACCUCCUAAGCAAUAAGGAGAAUGCCCAGUACUUUGUAAAACUCCAUAUAAUUGCUGGUCAGCUGAAUACCAAUAGCUUGAAUAACACAGACACAAUUUAUACCUUGACUGGAAAGCCCGGGGAGAUAUUAAGAGGUGAUAAGGACAAUCAAAUAAAAAUUAGGAUUCAGGGAAGUAAGAAGAAAGGAAAACUGUUACAGGGGGAUAUAAUUGCUUCCAACGGAAUUUUGCACAUUAUUGACAAAGCUAUGGACAAUGUGGCACCAACAUUUGGGAGCAGUAAAGAGGAGACCAUAAUGAAAGUGAUUCAAGACAAUAGAAAAUACAGCCGAUUUAGAUCCAUGUUAGAGAAAACUAUCCUGGGACUGGUCUUGGAACAGGAUGGUGGACCCUACACAAUCUUUGUUCCAAACAACAAUGCUUUGGAUAACAUGAAAGAUGGAGCACUGGAUUAUCUGCUUUCUACAGAGGGUGCCUGGAAACGUCUGGAGCUCAUUCGAUACCACAUUGUUUCUUAUGCACAGUUGGAGGUUGCUAGCCUCAUCUCCAUAGAGCAUGUCAAGACCAUGGCCAGACAGUUCAUCUAUUUUAACACAACCAGCAAUGGACAAAUCUUGGUGAAUGGUGAAGAAACAGAAGAAACAGAUAUUGCUGCCAAAAAUGGUCGAAUAUACACUCUUGCAGGUGUUCUUGUUCCUCCCUCCAUUGUUCCUAUUCUACCACACAGAUGUGAUGGGGAAAGGAAUGAAAUUAAAAUGGGAACCUGUGUAAAAUGUUCCAUUUUCUACAGAAGCGCUUGCCCAGGGAACUCAAAGCCUAUAGCUUUUUCAAGACGUCGAUGUGUUUAUGAAGCCCUGUCCUAUCCAACAGCCGGCUGCGCCAGGUACUGCAAUGUAACAAUAAAGGAGCCUAAGUGUUGCAAUGGCUUCUCUGGGCCAGACUGCAAUCAGUGUCCAGGAGGUUUUUCCAAACCCUGCUCAGGAAAUGGACAGUGUAUGGAUGGAAUGAAAGGAAAUGGAACUUGUAUUUGUACUGAUGGAUUUCAAGGAUCCCAUUGUCAGUUCUGUUCAGACCCUAAUAAAUUUGGCCCUCGGUGUGAUAGACAAUGUUUGUGUGUUUAUGGGAAGUGUGAUAACAGAAUAGACAGUGAUGGAAUCUGCCUUGCUGGAUCAUGCAAAAGUGGAUAUGCUGGGAAACUCUGUGAUAAGCAGAUAGUUCCCUGUGGGUCUUUUGUACAAUUCUGUCAUGCACAUGCAAAUUGUCAGCUUUCUGAUGGUGCCAUGAGCUGUGUUUGUAAACCUGGAUAUGAGGGAGAUGGAACAACCUGCAGUGAAGUAGAUCCUUGUGCUAGUUUAAUUCAAAGUGGUUGUGAUACCAAUGCAGAAUGUAUUAAAACAGGCCUUGGAACUCACAACUGUGUGUGCCAGCCAGGAUGGAGUGGGAAUGGAAGAGAUUGCUCAGAGAUCAACAAUUGUCUGCUACCAAAUUUUGGAGGGUGCCAUGACAAUGCUACCUGCAUAUACAUAGGGCCAGGUCAGAAUGACUGUGAAUGUAAGGAAGGAUUUCGAGGGAAUGGAAUUGAAUGUGAACCAAUAAACUCUUGUUUGGAACAAAAUGGAAAGUGCCAUUAUCUGGCUACGUGUCAGUUUGUGUCAUCUGGUGUCUGGGACUGUGUGUGUCCAAAGGGCUUUGAAGGAGAUGGCAUCAUAUGCUAUGGAAGUGCAGCACAUGAGUUGUCUUCUCUGUCAGAAGCAGCUGGAUUUAACCAGUGGGUUAAUGAGGCUUCAAUAAACAUGAUGCUAUCAGGGACUUCAAAUCUAACCGUCCUUGUGCCUUCUCUUCAAGCAAUUGACAACAUGGAUCAAGAAGAGAAAGCCUUUUGGAUGUCAAAGAAUAACAUUCAAACCCUACUAAAGUAUCAUGUAUUAAUGAGAGCGUAUAGACUUGCUGACCUUCAGAAUUUAUCAUCAACCGACAUGCUAGCAACAUCUCUGCAUAAUAAUUUCCUGCAUCUGUCCAAAGAAAAUGAGAACAUCACUAUUGAAGGGGCUAACAUUGUAGUUGGUGAUAUUGCAGCUACAAAUGGAGUCAUCCAUGUUAUUGAUAAGGUUCUAACACCACUCAGAGGUCUGAGUGGCACAUUGCCAAAACUGCUGGCCCGCUUAGAACAGAUGCCUGAUUACUCCAUUUUCAGGGGUUAUGUUAUUCAAUAUAGCCUGGCAAAUGAAAUAGAAGCAGCUAAUACUUACACAGUUUUUGCCCCAAAUAAUGAUGCAAUUGAAAGUUACCUCAGGAAUAAAAAGUCUGUCACUCUGGACGAGGACCAAAUCCGAUAUCACAUUGUGUUGGAGGAAAAGCUCUUGAAGAAUGACAUGCACAAUGGCAUGCACCGGGAAACCAUGCUUGGGUUUUCCUAUCAAGUGGGAUUCUUCCUUCAAAAUGGCCAGCUUUACAUAAAUGAGGCACCUAUAAAUUACACAAAUAUUGCAACUGACAAGGGGGUUAUCCAUGGAUUGGGAAAAAUUCUGGAAAUCCAGAAGAACAGAUGUGAUAUCAAUGAUACUGUGAUUACAACCGAAAAGUGCACUCUGUGUUUGUAUCGAUCACGCUGCCCUCCUGGAACGAAAGAAUUUCUAGGAGAGAAGAAAUAUUGCAUCUAUACUGAAAAUUUUUUUGGAAGGACAUCCAUCCAUAUUGGGUGCCAGCCUAAAUGUAUUAAAACUAUCAUUACUCGAGAAUGCUGCGCAGGUUUCUUUGGUCAACAGUGCCAGCCCUGUCCAGGGAAAAGUGGAAAUGCCUGCUUUGGAAAUGGCAUCUGCUUGGAUGGUGUUAAUGGCACAGGCAUGUGUGAAUGUGAAGAGGGGUUUAAUGGAACAGCCUGUGAGAAAUGUAUUGAAGGCAAAUAUGGUCGCAACUGUGAUCAAGAAUGUGCUUGUGUCCAUGGGAAAUGCAGCAGUGGGAUUGAAGGAGAUGGCUCUUGUGAGUGUGACGUUGGCUGGAGAGGCGUGAACUGUGAGAGCGAAAUCAAAAAUGAUGCAUGCAACAGCACAUGCCACACCAGCGCUAACUGCCUCCUCAUGUCUAACGGCACUGCAUAUUGCAAGUGUGCAGCUGGCUUUCAAGGGAAUGGAACACACUGUACAGUUAUUGACGCAUGUGAGACCAGCAAUGGUGGCUGUUCUAUCAAAGCAGAGUGUAAAAGAACUACUCCGGGAAACAGAGUGUGUGUUUGUGCAGCUGGGUACACUGGAGAUGGAAUAGUCUGUCUUGAAAUCAACCCUUGCUUAGAGAACAACGGUGGAUGUGAUAGAAAUGCAGAAUGCACUCAAACUGGACCCAAUCAGGCAGUGUGUAAUUGUUUGAAAGGAUAUUCUGGAGAUGGUAAAACAUGCACAUACAUCAAUCUGUGUUUAUCAAAUAAUGGUGGCUGCAGUGAAUUUGCAACCUGUAAUGACACCGAGCUGACGGAGAGGACCUGCACCUGCAAACCUGAUUUUGUUGGGGAUGGAUUUAAAUGCCGAGGCAACAUCUACCAGGAACUGCUCAAGGAUUCCAAUACUACUCGUUUUUAUUCCCAUCUUAAGGCCCUUGCUCUCAAAGAUAUUGCAGGUUCUGGUCCUUUCACUGUGUUUGUACCCAGCACAGAAGCAUUGAACGGCGAACCAAAAAUUAAAGACUGGAUUGUCAAUGGAGUGAUGCCCCAGAUCCUUCGGUACCAUAUGGUGGGCUGUGCUGGACUUUUCUAUAAUGACCUGAAAACAAUUACAAAUGUCACCUCGCUCCAGGGCGACCCCAUCCAGACCUCUUUCUCACAGAAUUCAGUAUAUCUGAAUACCAAGGCUAAGAUUAUAUCCAGCGAUAUUAUCAGUGCAAAUGGUGUGGUACACAUCAUAGAUAAAAUCCUACUUCCACAGCACAUGCAAGAAUUCCCUAAAGGAGAAUCGGGCACAGAGCGGGAAAGCCUUAAAAUGGUUGCAGCCAAACAAGGAUACAUCAUGUUCAGCAACUUGCUAGAGAAUGCCGGUUUGAUGAGUGUCAUCAGUGAUCCUCUUCAUAAACCAGUCACCUUGUUCUGGCCCACCGAUGCAGCUCUCAGAGCACUGCCUAAGGAGCAGCAGGAUUUCCUGUUUAAAAAAUCGAACAAGGACAAACUGGUGCAAUAUCUGAAAUUCCACAUUAUCAGAGAUGCCAAGAUUUUAGCCUGUGAUCUCCCCAACUCCAAGUCACUGAAGACCCUUCAAGGAUCUGAUCUCAGUGUAAAAUGUGGGGAUAACAACGACAACAGCUCUAUUGGUGACCUCUUUCUGAAUGACAGAAGGUGUAGGAUAGUGCAGCGGUACCUGGAGUUUGAUGGUGGCAUCGCUUAUGGAAUUGACUGCAUGUUAAUGGACCCCACCUUAGGCGGUCGAUGUGACAGUUUUAUCACUGCUGAUAUCAAGGGGGAUUGUGUCGGCUGUUACAGUAAUCCGAAAUGCCCUACAGCAACUAAACCAAAGGGAGGGAUGCAGAAGUGUACGUACCAGAUCUAUGGCAGGAACAUUGAUGGCUGUCGCCAGGAUUGUUCUAUGGUUGUCUGGGUUGCUAAGUGCUGUCGAGGUUACUAUGGACGAGACUGCCAAGCCUGCCCCGGAGGGCCAGAGACCCCAUGUAAUAAUCAUGGCUCAUGUAAUGAUGGAUACUCUGGAACUGGAGAAUGUAAAUGCAACAAUGGCUUCAAUGGGACGUCAUGUGAGCUGUGUUUGCCAGGAAGAUACGGCUCUGAUUGUAAACCCUGCAACUGCAACUCCCAUGGACAAUGUGAUGAAGGACAUGCUGGAUCAGGAGAGUGUUUCUGUGAAACGGGAUGGACUGGUCGAGUCUGUGAAACCAAACUAGUUCUGCCGCCUGUGUGCUCACCUAAUUGUUCUAGUAACGCCGUCUGCAAAGAAAACAACAUGUGUCAGUGUAAGCCAUUUUAUGAAGGAGAUGGAAUCACAUGUACAGCUGUGAAUCUUUGUAAACAAAAUAAUGGCGGGUGUCACCAGAAUUCAAAAUGUACCCAAACGGGGGUGAAAGUCCUGUGCAGCUGCCAGAAGGGAUACACAGGAGAUGGUCGCACCUGCUUUCCUAUAAAUCCCUGCGCCGACGGGCUUAAUGGUGGUUGCCAUGAACAUGCCAUUUGUACAAUGACAGGACCUGAUAAACGCAAAUGUGAAUGUAAAAAUAACUACGUAGGGGAUGGGCUUGACUGCACUGUGAUGCAGCUUCCGAUUGACCGUUGUUUGCAAGACAAUGGGCAGUGCCAUGCCGAUGCUGACUGUGCCGAUCUCCACUUCCAGGAUGCUACAGUUGGAGUUUUCCAUUGGCGUUCCCCCCAGGGGCAAUACAAACUGACUUUUGAAAAAGCAAAAGAGGCCUGCGACAGUCAAGGAGCAACCAUAGCUACUUACAAUCAGCUGUCCUAUGCUCAGAAGGCAAGAUACCACUUCUGUGCUGCUGGCUGGUUAGACGGUGAAAGAGUUGGUUAUCCAACUGCCUUCCCUUCUCCAAAUUGUGGAUCAGGAUUUGUUGGAAUAGUUGACUAUGGGGUCAGAAACAACCUGAGUGAAACCUGGGAUGUCUUCUGCUUCAGAAUCAAAGAUGUGAACUGCACGUGUAAGCCUGGCUAUAUAGGUAAUGGCUUCACAUGUAGCGGGAACUUGCUACAGGUCCUGAUGUCUUUCCCCAUGUUUACAAACUUCUUGUCGGAAGUCCUGGUUUAUUCCAACAGUUCCACAAAAGGCAGAGAGUUCCUGAAAUACCUCACAAACUUGUCAACCCGGGCCACUCUCUUUGCCCCAAACAAUAAUGGGCUAAGAGAAAAUGAGACACUUUCCGGACGAGACAUUGAGUAUCAUCUAUCCAAUGCCAGCACGAUGUUUUAUGGAGACUUGACCAAUGGGACUACUCUUCAAACAAGGAUAGGGAAAAGACUCUUAAUUACAUACAGUGUAGGCCAGGAUUACCAAAUUCAGACAACAAAAAAGAAUGAGACCAGAUACGUGGAUGGAAAAUCUAUUCUUGAAUGGGAUCUUAUUGCUUCCAAUGGAGUAAUCCAUGUCAUUUCAGAGCCUUUAAAAGCACCUCUAUUGCCUGCUUCUCACGCUGGAUUUGGAACUGGAAUAUUCUUUGCCAUCAUCCUGGUUAUUGGAAUCGUGGCUUUUGUUGGGUAUGCGUACUUCAGAUUCAAGAAGAAAAAUAUUGGCUUCCGGUAUUUCAAGUCAAAAGAAGACAUAGAUGUAACAGCGCUUGACAAGCCUUCAAAUAUCACAAACCCCACAUAUGAAAGUUCUGCUGCUCCUCUGCCUGAACCGACCUAUGACCCUUUUUCUGAUUCUGAUGAACAGCAGCUUGUAAUGAGUGGGCCUCACGAUCAGUUCUGAAGACUGAAAUUGAAAUUAUCAAUGGUGAAAAACAGUUCUCUACCAUCUAAACUUAACAUUUACUGUGAAUAAGCCUUGUCCACAUGCUUCAGGAAAAAAAUUUCCUUUUAUAUAUUUUUUUAAUUGUGUAUAAAAUGCAGCCUUAUGUGUUUGAGAUAAAUUCUCUCAAAAGCUAGUUGUAUGUAAGGAAUAUCAACUUCCAUUUUAAACAAAUACAAACCUUAAAUGUAGUAAAUAUACAAUGUAUUCCUCUGUCUAGGAGACAUUUAAAAGUGAUUUCUAUUUAUGGACAUAGGAAUUGCUAGACAACAGCCCACAAUGACUCAGUUUUUCAGAACACCACCUAGCCACAUAAAUUUACAACCCCCGUCUUUCUGUAAAGAGAUCAAACUGCCUCUUAAACACCUAGUCCUGAUUGCCUAGGAUGGCCUUAUUUGGAGGAUGUACUCUGUUUGCUAUCCUUGUGUCUUUAUGCCUAAUUUUGCCUUUGGAUUGAAUCCAGAAGAGACUGAAAAGCAAGAACAGCAAAUAUUGUUUUACCAGUAUUAUGAUCUUCAAUUUUAAGAUUGUUAGCACUUAUUAACAAAGGUCUUCCUUCUAAACAGUGAAGUAACUGCAAAUGCAAGUGCAGAAUAUCCUGUUUGCCCAAUCUCAACUGUUUAUAGAUUCCAUCAUUUUGUUAUAAAGAAGAAAUAUUAAUUGUAAAGGAAUUAAUGAAGAAUGCAAGUCAUGUAUGACAUUAGCCUUGUUUUAUUCUUUUAUCUCAAGCCAUUUUUGUGCAGGAUGGACAUUUAGCUUAUUUACUGUCCACUUGGCCUUCCCCAAUCACUUUUCAGUUGUUUGUGUAAUGUAAAAAAAGUCUUCUGUAAUGUCUGUGUAGUGUGUUUGUAUCAGUUAUACAUGAGAUUCAAAUUUUAAAACAGCAAUACCAGCUGCCAAUCUACAUGUACUGUUAAAAUAAUGAAAUAAAGUUGGGGAGGGAAAUUCAGUGUUAAAUGCUGCAGCAAGUCUUCAGAUGACGUGGAAGGCUACAUAACACAGUAAACCUCAAGAAGAGAUGUUUGUGCUUGUGACAGCAGCAGUGGUAAUGUUUCAUAGCAACGAUACAUUUACUGGCACUCUUUUCUCUCUCUUGCAACAAUUUGUUUUUGUGCAGCAUAGGAUUUCUUUCAUAUAAAUAUCCCCAGGUCUUUUAACAGAUUAAGCAAACCACACCACUUACUAUAAUAAAAUACAAUGUAACACUUGUGCUUGGCCUAUGUCAGAUGGCUCGGGUUUGGGCUAAAAAUUGUGGUGGUGAUGUUCAGACGGACAUGGACAAGCUACAGGUGCUUAAAUGCGGCAUAGAUAGACCCAGAGACCCAGCACUUGAUGUAGUCAUUUUGUUGUGAGGGAUUCCAAGUUGAAAGGAUAAAUACCUGAACAAGUGAGGCAAAGGCUAAAGUUAUUUUCAUGUCUAUCCCCUCCCUGCUGUCACUCCAAACAUACACAUUUUUUACUUAAGAUCUAAGAUGGUUUUUCCACUUAGUGGGCCCUGCUAAUAAGUUUCCUGCCACUCCCUCCUAGUUAUCAGAAAGAGUUAAGACUCAUUAAGGACCAGAUAAAAUCCACACACCGGACCACCCAUUACAUUUAUUUUUGUUACAGUCAUUACAUAUUUUUUACAUAAAACAUUUUCUGAUUGGUUAAUAAACAAUUUUUGGACUUCUGAUUUAGACUAAACAGACAAUUCACCUGACUCUGGUUCAGUUGAAAUAUACUACAGAAAUUAAUAUAGACACACUGCAUUUUAAACAUGCUAUAAAAAUCUACAUGAGAAGUAAUGUGGCAGUGUUAAAAGGUAAUUAAUAUGGAAAGUAGAAACGUACACAGCUCAAGAAUUCUGAAGCAAUUACAUAAAAAAAAACCAAACACAUUUGUAAAGUUAUGCUGAAGUAGGAAGAGUACUCCAACACUGAAGCAUAUUCAUGUAUUUCUAUUUUCAGAAAUAUUUGUCUUAAAUUCACAGUGUACAAUUUGAAGACUAAACCUCUGUAACUAAAAAUCUCACAAUAUAAAUAAAAAAGGUAUUCACUGCUUUCCCACAUCUUACAGCAAUCAACAUCAAGCAUAAUGUAACACUUUUACUGUAUUUUAAGUUAAGUUGAAGUUUUUCCAUCUUGCAACAAAAUGCAUGGAUAAAAUAUCCCACAAAACAAUUUCACUGAUCCUGCUUAACAUGCUAUCAGUGGUCAGGAGGACUCACUUUUUAUCUAGAUUUACAAGAUUAGGCAACAUAAGCUAAUGCCAAAAGCUAUAAGCAUUAAAGUGUUCUAAUAAUGUAACCUCUCAAUUUUUUUUAAAUGUGACAUUAAACUAUAAUCUGCUGGUACUAAGUCAAAAAGAAAAAGUAUAUUGUAUUUUCUCAAACUAGUUACGCUUUUCAGUACAAAUACUAUCACCACUUUGAAAAGCACUUUGGCAUCCUUUGGAAUAUAAAAUGUGCUAAGUUCAGUAACAUCAGGUUUUGUUCUGUCACAGCAGGACAACUCAGAGAUGGCAAAUUGAGAUUACUCCUCCCUCCAACAUUCAGCAUGUAAAAUAUUAACUAGCUCUUCCACGCAUGACAAUAAGUCACCUGAUAAAGCUAAACUAGGUACCAUUGGAAGUUUUUUAUUCUCAGCAAACAAGUGCAGGAGAGUCAGUAAAACUCAUGCAUUUCAAGUCAAGUAUAGUAUAUUCAUUGGUAUAAAUGUACCUAACACCCUAAAAAUGUCAUGUAUAGGUUUGGAAACUAAACUAGAGAAAAUGUCAAACAAUGCUAUCAUAUUAAAACCUCCAUGGCCAGCAACAGAUUUAUUUCAAGCAUCCAGGUUUAAAGGAUUUGUGCAAGAAGUUUUUAAAAUGUUCAUUUUGCAAAAAUGCUUUUUAAAAUUUCAAACAUAUUACAUAUGAAAGUCAUUAUAAACAUAUGUACACAAACGGAGACUGGUUUAAAAAAAAAAA